UUUCGAUGAGUAUACAUGCAAAAUUAAUUGGGAAACUUGUUCGAACACUAGCAACACUGUGUGUUAAUCAAAACACUUUUCGCUUCGUGCGACGUUUUUUUUUUUUUUUUAGUUAUGCCGAUGACAAGAGAUCUACUCGUACUCAUUCACCAUUCUUCUUUCGCUCGAAAUCAUCAGGUGCUGUAAAAUCUGUUAUCAAUAUUCCAAGAAAUUCGAAGCUCGUCGCGUCGUCGUCACCUACAGCCUACACCAACAAUUCACGUUUGCCAAAAUAUUUAUCACGAAUUUAUAAUAACUUACGUCAGCUGUCUGCUAUACCUACAUACAAAUUACAAAUUCUGAUCUGAACAUUUCAUUCUUAUUUCAUGUCUUAUGGCGUGGAACUAUCAAAAAAGUUAUCAUUUUUUUUGUUUUUCUUGUUUCUCAUAUUCUUCACAUCUUCACCAUCAACAGGUUCCGACUAUUUUGAAAGAUCAGGUUCGGGUUGUUCGGGCCUUUUCGGCUUCCGUAUAGCCUAUAGGAGGUUGCGUCAGCGAGGUGUGAGGGCAAAGGGGCAGUACAAGAGUUCUUCCGAGUUCCGACUUCCGAAAUUAAGUUCUCUUUCUUUCUCAUGUCAUGUCAUUCUCAUUGUAUUGUAUUCGUUCAACUUAACUAACGUGUUCGGAUAAUCAAUCACAAUCAGCUUAGGGUGAAAACGUGGUUUAUGUUCGCGUUGCGUUUGAUGAAAUUAAUUGCAGAUUCGUAGUGUCAUCCUUAACCUUGUCUGUGAGAAUUUACAGUAGGUAAAGUAAUAAUUCGUUUCGCUUUCAGUUUCAAGUUUUAAAUUUUAAUUCAAUCCGUAUAUACCUAUAGUCGUAGUCUCGUGGUCAAGUGAAGUGUUGUUGACGCUAGCAUUCACAAUGGGCAGCGAAUGUUGUGAAGUAGUAGGCGUAAUGGAGUCACAUGGCAGUGAUUUUACUGUCGCCGAGGGUGAAAUCUGCGUACUGAACUUACCAACGGCGCAAUCUAUCACAGAUAGGCCUACGUCUGAUUCAACGUUAUACGAUGUAUUUAAAAAUAUGGUUCAAGAUGCUGAGAACUUGGUUGUAUUGCUUACUUUCUGGAAACCUGAAGAAAGCGAGGAGAUUCGAGCCGUCGCUCUGCAGUUUCCAAUUCUAUUCCGGUUCAAAUCCAGAAGUGCAAGUUUAUGUUUGGAGAAAUACGUACCGGACAAAUAUCCGCGUUGUUUCAAGUCGGUUUUUAAUUACUUGCAAAUACGUUCCAAGUUGACAGUGGUCAACGAGUACACUCUGAUGAAUACGAUGGCGGAACUGCAUGGAGUUACUCUAGCUACUUUAUGGAAUAAAUCCGAAGAUGAUAUUCGUGCCUUACAAGUACCAGAGUCUCGAGCGUUUUUACAGUCAAAUAAUCGACGUGACUCGGAAUCCGAUGAACCUUUUCGAAUGUUAGAAGAAGAUUUCAAAGAAAAAUUGAGCCAAAUAGAGGACGAGAAAGUUCAAAUCGAAUUACCAUUAUUGAAGCGGAAAAGCAUUAUGCUUGGUGAAAUGAAAUACCACGAAUAUGGCAUGAAAUAUCACGAAUUCGCCAUGAAUAUUCUUUCUACGACAAUUUCGAAGCAUCCGGAACCAGAUUUGAGUCCACAAAAAAACGAAGAAAUAGUUGACCAAUCGAAGAAUUUAAAAAUUGUACUUAAAAACAAUUCUCCAGACUUAGUUUCCAAAACUGAAAAAACUACAUGCAAACGGAAAGUCAAUAAAGUUUUGAAAGAGCAGUCGGAUUUGGAUUUGAAAGUAAAAGAGGAACUCACAACUUUAAUAUCGGUGAACCCAUUUCAGUGGAAAUGCACAAAAGAGUCUGAUAUCCUGCGGCCUCCAAUUUUCAGUACCGAUCGACCCCUUAAAGAUCGGUAUAAUUUAUUGACGAAACAAUAUGCGAGCGCGAACAUCACAGAGAUUGAUUAUCAGGGUAGAACUUUCAAAAUCGAAAUCGAUAGUCGUUUUGCAGUUUGGAAUUGUCGGAGAGAACCAAAACCAAAGCAACUGAUGGAACCGUAUGAUAAAGUAACGUUAAAAAAAUACUUGCAAGAUCCGAAUUCUAAUACGCCUCCACUAUUGCCUCACAGCGGUAUAUUUUUAGUUCCUUUCUUUUAUGGUCUAUUUUUGGGCUACGCAUGUAGAAGGCCAUGUUGCGGUAAAGUAUGGAGAGCGCGAUCAAAACGUGACCAGCAUGAAAGAGGAAAAGAUGAUGCGAAUAGAACAGAUUGUCAUUUUAGUUAUUCCAGAGUUGUGCACGACUGGGACAGAUUGGAAAGAAAAUUAACUUCGGCUCCGCUGGUUGAUACCAAACAUGUUCCUAAAUUCUUCGAGUUCGAAAAACUCUUUCAAAAGGUCAUUUUCGAGUCAGAUGAUGACAGCGGUGGACCUCGCAAUAAAAUUGCGAAGAGAAAACCUAUCAAGCGUUCUUCUUUUAUUUUGUGACGUAUCCUUGUUUAAGUUUGUGAUUUGUGUUGUCUUCUUUUUUCCUUGGCUUUGUUCAACUGCCGUACCCUGUGUUCCGGUGUAUAUUUUUAAAUUAUUAUAGAUAUAGUUAGUUUUUUAAAUUGAAAAUGUACAUUGAUAUUUUCUUCAAACAAAAUGUUUUUUAAAAAAUUUUUUUAGGUACUUAACCUAUAAAUCCAUAACGUUAAGUAGAUUGCUUUGCAGUCGUUCAUUACUCGGCUGUUUCUUAUUUCGUGCAUUUGUACCUAUUUGUAAUUGUAUACUUGCUUUUGUGAAAUAAUAUUUCGGUAGUUUUAUGAUUC